AUCAUAGAGACCUCACCAAACUGCAGGAGGAUCCGGCCACCGCCAGGGUCUGUGCGCACAAAACUACAAGAACAAGGAGCAUCGGUUUUGCAUUGUUUUUUUGCGAGGAGGGUGGCGUGCGUCCACGUAGAUUGGGGAGAAUAGAAGGCCAGGGCAGGAGCAGCGCGCCUUGCCUGCGCGGGCGCGGACAAAAGCCCGGGACCCCCUUUUUGUCGCCACCCCCCCCGAAAAGUCCAAGACUCUGCUUCCUCUUCCUUCCUUGCUUGCUUGCUUCCCCAUCUCACCAUCUUGCUCGCCCCGCCCCGCCAUCUUUAUAACUCCACCUGCCGUCGCCCUCCAUCUCCAUCGUCUCUCCUGCUGCUACCCUGCCCUGCCCUUGCCGGCGUAUCUGCGUCCGCGUCUCAUCCCUCCCUCCUGCAAGGAGCAAGCGCGCGGGCAAGAGCAAGACGAGGUGAGCAAAGCAUUUCCACCACCCUCUUCUCUUCUUCUGAGCCGGCGAUGGGGGCGCUACCGCUGCCGCCCACCAUUACGUACAGAAAUAAAUGGCGCCUCCUGUGCAGUGCCGCCGCAGGCUUUGCCAGGCCGCCUACUCCCACUGACUUUACCCGCUUGGCUUGGCUUGGCAGCCAUCAAUUAAUUUGUUCCUUCCUCAGCCAUACCAUUUACGUCGUAUAAAUCCACAGGAAUCAGCACCAAAGCUCCAAGCUUUUGCCCCGCGCUGGUGGGUGGUGCCUGCUGCUUCUUCUGCUUGUGCUUGCUUGAUAAAAGUUGGAGGGACGCAGCUCCAAGCAAGCUGGCGAGGCUCGGGCUCGGGCUCGGGCUCAUGGUCCAGGACGAAGCCUCCUCGUCGUCCGUCACAUCCUCCCCGCUCCACAACUUGUCGUCCCACACCAUGCCUCUCCACCCGGCCGCCGCCCCGACGCCGCCCUGGCUGCUGCGGGAGCUCCGCUCCGACGAGCGCGGCCUCUGCCUCAUCCACCUCCUCCUCAACUGCGCCGCCGCCGCCGCCGCCGGCCGCCUCGACGCCGCCAACGCCGCGCUCGAGCACAUCGCCUCGCUCGCCGCCCCCGACGGCGACGCCAUGCAGCGCGUCGCCGCCGCCUUCGCCGAGGCCCUGGCGCGCCGCGCGCUCCGGGCCUGGCCGGGCCUCUGCCGGGCGCUGCUCCUGCCCCGCGCCGCGCCCGCCGCCGCCGAGCUCGCCGCCGCGCGCCGCCACUUCCUCGACCUCUGCCCCUUCCUCCGCCUCGCGGGCGCAGCCGCCAACCAGUCCAUCCUGGAGGCCAUGGAGUCGGAGAAGAUGGUGCACGUCGUCGACCUCGGCGGCGCCGACGCCACCCAGUGGCUGGAGCUCCUCCACCUCCUGGCCGCGCGCCCCGAGGGCCCGCCGCACCUCCGCCUCACGGCCGUCCACGAGCACAAGGACGUGCUCACCCAGACGGCCAUGGUGCUCGCCAAGGAGGCCGAGCGCCUGGACGUGCCCUUCCAGUUCAACCCCGUGGUGUGCCGGCUGGAGGCGCUGGACGUGGAGUCUCUCCGGGUGAAGACCGGCGAGGCGCUGGCCGUCACCUCCAGCCUGCAGCUGCACUGCCUGCUCGCCUCCGACGACGACUCCAAUGGCAGCAAGGACAGCAGCAGCAACGAUAAAGGAGAGCGGCGGGUCAAAUACAGGAGCAGCCCCGAGUCCGGGUCCGGGGUGUCGCCGUCGACGUCGCGCGCGGACGCGUUCCUGGGCGCGCUGUGGGGCCUGUCGCCCAAGGUGACGGUGGUGACGGAGCAGGAGGCGAGCCACAACGCGGCGGCGCUGACGGAGCGCUUCGUCGAGGCGCUCAACUACUACGCGGCGCUCUUCGACUGCCUGGAGGUGGUGGCGGCGCGCGGGUCGGUGGAGCGCGCGCGCGUGGAGCGGUGGCUCCUGGGCGAGGAGAUCAAGAACAUCGUGGCGUGCGAGGGCGGCGAGCGGCGGGAGCGGCACGAGCGCCUGGAGCGGUGGGCGGCGAGGAUGGAGGGCGCCGGCUUCGCCCGCGUGCCGCUCAGCUACUACGCGCUGCUGCAGGCAAGGCGGGCGGCGCAGGGGCUCUGCUGCGACGGCUUCAAGGUGCGCGAGGACAAGGGCUCCUUCUUCCUCUGCUGGCAGGACCGCGCCAUCUUCUCCGUCUCCGCCUGGCGCGGCCGCCGCUUGGACUGACCCUCCCUGAGCUUCUGAGUCCUUCCCGUAUUUUGUGGGAAGGAGACGUAGAUUCGCUGGUGCCUGGUGGUGCCUCGUGUUACUUCUUAGGGGUGCUCAGGUCAGGCCAUGUCUUGUUUUGUUUUGUUCAUAGUGAUGAAUGUAUCCUCCCUCUCCGUUUGGGAUGCAAGCAUACUUUCCUAGUCCUAGGGAUGAUCGAUCUAAUCUAAACAAAAAUUCUGUUAAUUUCUCCCCCAAACGAACGAUAUUUGAUCGUGGAUUGUUUGGCGCC